AUGGCUAAAAUUGAUGAAGGUAAAAUAUAUCGAACUAAAGAAUUGGGUGAAGGCCAAUCUCUUCAACUUUUUAGUUUGCGUGCCUUUCGAAAUGUCAAACCUCCUGAAGAGUAUAUGGAGCUUUCACGUGCUAUAGCAAGUUAUUCCGGAGGCUUGCCCUUGACUCUAGAGGUGUUGGGUUCCUACCUAUCAUAUGAAAGAAGCAAAGAAGUGUGGGAAAGUAUAGUUCAACAAUUGAGAGAAAAUGCUCCUAGGGAGGUCUAUGAAAGCUUGAAGAUAAACUACGAUAAUCUAGGUGAUUACGAGAAAGCCAUUUUUCUUGAUGCUGCAUGUUUUUUCAUUGGAUGGGAGAAAAAAACUUUAAUUUCCAUUUGGGAAGCUUGUGGCUUUUAUCCUAAAUCAGCAAUGCACAGACUUAUAAACAGGAACCUUAUUAAAUUUGAAUCUAAUGAGGAUGGUGGUUGCUACUUGAGGAUGCAUGAUCAACUUCGAGACAUGGGAAGGGGAAUUGUUUCAAAAGAAAGCUUUAGAGAGCCAGGGAACUGA